UGAAGAGGUAGCUGGAGUGGGGGUGAAGGAUGAGGGUGCAGGCUGGGGGAGGUUGCAGCCCUGCGGAGGCAGGCACUUCCUCGGAACAGGCUAGUCACUUGUGACAGUAGCUCACUUGGCCACAGCCCCUGUCAGCACCACCGUGGCUCUGAGCAGGAGCUGGACAAGAUUCUCGAGCUAUAACACUUUGGGAAGAUGAGCUCCUGGGGACCCAGCCUGCAGGGCCCCUCGCCACCUUCUGCCUCAUCCAGAAUGGCCAACAAGUGCAGGGACUUCACUGCCCACACGGGCUACGAAGUGCUGCAGCAGCGGCUGCUGGAUGGCAGGAAGAUGUGCAAAGACGUGGAGGAGCUGCUGAGGCAGAGAGCCCAAGCAGAGGAGCGGUACGGGAAGGAGCUGGUGCAGAUUGCCCGGAAAGCAGGCGGCCAGACAGAAAUCAACUCCCUGAGGGCCUCGUUUGAUUCCCUGAAGCAGCAAAUGGAGGAUGUGGGCAGCUCGCACAUCCAGCUGGCCCUGGCCCUGCGUGAUGAGCUGCGCAGCCUGGAGGAGUUCCGAGAGAGGCAGAAGGAGCAGAGGAAGAAGUAUGAGGCUGUCAUGGACCGUGCCCAGAAGAGCAAGCUGUCACUCUACAAGAAGGCCAUGGAGUCCAAGAAGGUAUAUGAGCAGAAGUGUCGGGAUGCAGAUGACGCCGAGCAGGCCUUCGAACGCAUCAGUGCCAAUGGCCAACAGAAGCAAGUGGAGAAGAGCCAGAACAAAGCCAAGCAGUGCAAGGACUCAGCCACAGAGGCAGAGCGGGUAUACAGGCAGAACGUGGAGCAGCUGGAGAAGGUGCGGGCUGAGUGGGAGCAGGAGCACCAGACUACCUGUGAGGCCUUCCAGCUGCAAGAGUUUGACCGGCUGACCAUCCUCCGCAACGCCCUGUGGGUGCACUGCAACCAGCUCUCCAUGCAGUGUGUCAAGGAUGACGAGUUCUAUGAGGAGGUGCGGGUGACACUGGAAGGCUGCAGCGUGGAGGCUGACAUUGACAGCUUCAUCCAGGCCAAGAGCACAGGAACUGAGCCCCCAGGUGAGGCCCGGCCCACAGGUAGUGUGGUCUCUGGGUUCUCUGGACUGUUGCAUGGAAGUCCCAAGACCUCACCACUGACAGCUUCUGCAGCCUCCACAGACGCCCCGCUGCCCAGCCCCAGUCGGAAUGAGGUUGUCUAUGCAGCAGUUGCAGUGCAGGAGGUGCCGGGACCCCCCACGCUGCCAGCCCAGGGCCACAGGGCGCUCUAUGACUACAGGGCCCAGAAUUCCGACGAGCUGGACAUCUCUGCAGGGGACAUCCUGGAGGUCAUUCUGGAAGGGGAAGAUGGCUGGUGGACAGUGGAACGGAAUGGGCAGCGUGGCUUUGUCCCUGGUUCCUACCUGGAGAAGCUCUGAGAAAGGAGCAGCAGCCCCCACUUGGACCUGCCCUGUCCGUGGAGCCAGCAGUGCUUCCAUCACUGCAAGGCUGGGGGCCCCAAGACCACGACAGACCCAACCCCACGAGUGCUGGCUGCUCCCCGAGCAGUCUCUCCUGCAGGGAAUAAAGGAGUGCAUUCUUUCUCCUUA